CAUCUCUUCGUCUGAUUUAUUACAUUGCAGAGUUGGCACGAAUAGUCAGAUGAUCAUGGCUCUCUCUCGUCUCUCCUUGCCUUUCUCAUUACUUGUGUUGUCGUUGCUAGUCAUUGCUUCCGCUGGUUAUGAUGAUUCAUCUAAAUAUGGUUUUGAUGGAAUACCAGCUGACAGCCCCCAAGCAAACCCUAUUUAUGGCACUAAAGAAGAUAUCUACACGCCAAAACCUGAGGAAAAAGUAGAAGAAAAAGAAAAGCCUUACCAUGGCACACAAAAAGAAGAAAAGGAAAAUCGUCUCACCAUAGGUGUUCAAGGCCUUGUUUUAUGUAAAUCAGAUUCCGAGUAUUCUCCGGUUCAAGGUGCUUCAGCAAAGAUAACAUGUAAAGCAGUUGAUGAGGAUGGAGUGGAGAAAAGUGUUUCCAUUUGCAGCGAAGCAACUGAUGAAAGAGGUUACUUCAUUGCUCCACUAUCUAAUAAAUUAAGUGGCCUUGAGAAAUUAAAGGUUAGAGAAUGCCAGGCUUAUCUUCACAGCUCUCCGUUGAAGAGCUGCAAUGUUCCCACCAAUGUCAACAGAGGCAUCGAUGGUGCUCUUCUUUCUGCUUUCCGUGUUCUAAAGGAGAAGAAAAUGAAAUUGUACUCUGUGGGGCCUUUCUUCUACACUCCCCAACCUCAAUCCACCCCUACUGGUUACUAAAAUUUCACUUCUUUCUCCCCAUUUUCUAUAAUUUUAUCUUCUGUAUUCAACCUCUUUUGUGUAUUGAAUUUUGUUGCUUCGUAAUGUUGUCAUUAUAAGCUGGCUGUUGCAAUCUCUACCAGAGAUUUGCUUUAUCAAUUGUAACAUUUUGACUUUUGAAUAUCAUAAUUAUAAGGCGCUUUUUUCUUUUUCA